UCCAUGUAGCACUCCCUGUAGCCACUACCGGAGCAGUUUACCCCUCAAAGCCGGAUACACGAAAGCCAGAGCUGCCGUGGAGGGAAAGACAAAGCCUUUGCUUUCACUCGUAUUCGUCGCAAUCUGCUCUUGGGCCAACAUCGAGGGGCCUCCGAUUAUAAAGGAGAUAUCUUUACCUAGGUUCUUCGAUUUUGUACUAUUCGAUGGGAAAUUCGCUGGUUUGUGCUGCCGCCGGUGCCGGCGACAGGUUGGUGGCGGCGGCGAGGGACGGCGAUGUCUCGGAGGUGUUGGCUCUGCUGGAGCAGAACGCCGGCCUCGCGAGAUACUGCACCUUCGCCGCUCAGAACUCACCCUUACAUUUUGCCGCCGCCAAGGGCCACGUUGAGAUAGUAGAGUCUCUACUGGAAAAGGGAGCGGAUGUGAACUCCCGCAACUACUCUGGGCUGACACCAUUGAUGCAAGCAUGUCGGUAUGGCCACUGGGAGGUCGUGCAGGUUCUGCUACUAUUCAGAUGCAACGUUUCGAGGGCUGCGUACUUCACUGGUCAGACGGCGUUGCACUUUGCAGCUGCAGGUGGCUAUGUCCGGUGCAUCAGGCUCGUAGUUGCAGACUUUAUUCCAAGUGCUCCAUUCUCAGUGACUGUUGAAGGGUUGAAGGAUAUCAAGAGCUCGGAAUGUUCUUCCACAGUUGAAUUUGAUCAAUUAGCUCUGUCGAGGUUGGUGAACAAGGUGGCUGAUGGAGGCUUGACAGCGCUGCAUAUGGCAGCAGUAAAAGGGCAUUUUGAUUGUGUUCAGCUGUUACUUGAUUUUAAGGCAAAUGUGUCGGCAACAACUUUUAAUUAUUGCUCCUCUUUCAGGACCAUAGGAGCUGGUAGCACUCCUCUCCAUUAUGCGACAUUCGGAGGAAAUUUUAAAUGUUGUCAGGUCCUCCUUGCUCGAGGAGCUUGCCGAUUGACCCUGAAUUCUAAUGGUUGGCUUCCUGUUGAUGUAGCUAGGAUUUGGGGACGCCAUCACCUUGUGCCAUUGCUAUCACCCAAUUCUGAGUUGAAAUUACCUUUAUUUGCUCCAUCAAGCUACUUAUCUUUGCCUCUUAUGAGCAUUCUUAACAUAGCAAGAGAAUGUGGCGGCCUACAUUCUUCAUUAUCCACCUCAGCUGAUGAAAGUGAUCUUUGUGCUAUUUGCUUAGAAAGGACUUGCUAUGUAGCCGCUGAAGGUUGUGGGCAUGAACUCUGUGUAAAAUGCGCACUCUGCCUUUGUUCAGCAAGUAGCAGCUCAUCUGAAACUACUGGUCCUCCAGGAGCAAUCCCAUGCCCUCUCUGCCGAAAUGGGAUAAUUUCUUUUGUUAAAUUGUGCUAUAACUCACAUGAAGAGAUCAAGCUAAGCCAAAGCCAGUGCAUUUACAACUCAGACGCUCUAAUGCUUCGUACUUCAGACCCACUGGCUAUUUCUUGUGUAUCCUAAGCUUAUAUGAUUCAUUUCCAUACAAUUGAUAAAAACAGCUCUGUAAAUUCUUGUCAACUUCAUACCAAAUAAGGCAUCGUUUGGCAUGGCUUUCUUACUGCUUUUUAAAGUCUCUACUUUAAAAAGCAGUAAGAAAGCCGUGCCAAACGAAUCUAAGUCUACAAUACAGGAUUGUAAAUAUAAGCAGUCUCAAAAUAAGUUUUCAGAAUAUAGAUUGGCAGUCUAAAUGGCUCAACAGCACUCAGAACAAAGCAUCGCUUAUGGACAUUGGCAUUGUUUCUUUCAAUUUGGUAGGGGUUUCAGUGUGGUUUUCUUAGUAUUUUAUUUGUAUAAAACGUUAUAAGGUACUGUGGCUAUUCUUGUAUGAAAUAAAUACCCAUAAAGAUUGAACAUUUUAAUA